AAAGGAGCGCGGUUCCUGAAGAAAAACAGGAGUAGCAGGCUCCGCGCCGAGAGUAUUGUCUACACAGAGAAUAUCCUGCAGAUUGUCACAGAAAACGACGCCUUUCUUGGGUUUGUUUUGCCGUUCUGUUCGACGACGUGCACGCGUUUGGAGUCUGAUCUCAGUGUGCUCCACCGGCCGUGAAGAAUCUUGCCAGCAACAAACCAUUAGCUUAAGUAGCGAGCUGUCCGUUAGCAGCGAUGUCGGGUGUAGUGCGAGGCCCUGCUGGGAACAACGAUUGCCGAAUUUACGUGGGAAAUCUUCCCCCUGAUAUUCGCACGAAAGAUGUGGAAGACGUGUUCUAUAAAUACGGGACAAUUCGAGAUAUCGACCUGAAGAACCGGAGAGGUGGUCCGCCUUUCGCCUUCAUUGAAUUCGAAGACCCGAGGGACGCCGAUGAUGCCGUCUAUGGACGUGAUGGUUAUGACUACGACGGUUACAGACUGCGUGUGGAGUUCCCUCGGAGCGGCAGGGGCUCCAGAGGUGGAUUUGGAGGGAUCGGCGGGGCUCCCAGAGGCAGAUAUGGGCCUCCAUCCAGACGCUCCGAGUACAGGGUCAUUGUGUCGGGGCUCCCCCAGAGUGGCAGUUGGCAAGACCUGAAAGACCACAUGCGCGAGGCAGGCGAUGUGUGCUACGCUGACGUUUUCAGAGAUGGAACUGGGGUUGUAGAAUUUGUGCGCAAAGAGGACAUGACCUAUGCCGUUCGAAAGCUGGACAACACCAAAUUCCGCUCACAUGAGGGUGAGACUGCUUACAUUCGUGUGAAAUUAGACGGUCCCCGCAGCCCAAGUUACGGAAGAUCACGCUCCCGCAGUCGUGGCAGCCGGAGCAGGAGCCGCAGUCGCAGCGCCAGCCGCAGCCGCAGCAAUUCCCGUGGCCGUGGCAGAGGAUCGCCCCGCUACUCGCCUCGUCACAGCCGCUCUCGCUCCCGUUCCUAAACCUUUCUACCACCGAUGUUUUGCCCUUUUGAUGUACACCCCCCCUGUUUUUACCUCUUAUGAGUUUCUCCAGAUGUCAGCUAUUGAUUUUUAAUUUUUGCAUUUCAUGUCCCGAUGUCCUUGUGGAUGAUCUUGGUAUGUAGAUGUACCCCCUUCCUUCACCCUUGACUCUUUCCCCACCCUCUCCAGCUGCUUCAUCCUCUUGUGUUCUCCCUCUCUCCUUCCUGUCCUCUCAAUUUUUGCAACAUUAGAAAUUGUGCUGUGUUGAACUUCAAAAAUGUUGAGUUGGUAUAAAUUGCACUCAAUGUUUUUGCAAGUAAUGAAAAUUGAGUUUUGUUUUCUUUUUUUUUCUUUUUUUUUUUUUUUUUUAAAUGAGCUUCUCUCAUUGGAUAUGUUGGGUGGGCUGUUUGGAUGGGGAGCCCAUUGCUUAACUGUAUUUUACCCUUGUGUCUUCCUUUAGACAUCUGAAGAGAAGGAUUAAAGUGAUUUGGAAUAAAACCAUUGUGGAUCACAUUUCAUUUGUAUGGUCAGGAUAGGACAUCUAAUUGAGGAGCAAUCAGGUCGAGGCAAUGGUACGCUUCAUAUUCCAUAAAUUGAACGUUUUGAUCGGUUGCCAUAUCAUGCAUGUCAUAUUUAACAAAGCCAUAUGUGCUGUACUUUGUUAUAUAUAUGAAAUUUUGAACAUGCUACUCUGGCCUGUGACAGAAUAAGCAGUCCUAGAUCAAGUGUUGUGGUGUAAGUGUAACAUCUUUGCUGUCAAAUGUAAAAUUCUGAAUCACUACUUUGUUGCAAAAGCGUCCCACUUCUAACUUAAAUGUCCUCAAAUGUUUUAACUUCAGGGAGUGAUAGUUUUUGUGGCAUUUUUUUUUCUUGAUCUGACAUGAGUGCACAACAUGGAAAAAUUAGGCCCAAAAAUCUUGACAUUUUAUUCUAACGGUCUGCCUCUGAUUUUCUUCCUGGUAUUUCAAGGUUUUGAUUGGAGGAGUGGCUCAGUGGAUCCCAAUCCUUGGAGCUGGAUGAGUGGAUCGAUUAGGGAAGGGAUAGGCAAGGAUGGAUGCUCGGAACGGGAUCAGUUUUCCAGGAUUCAAAUGAGUUGAUUACAGAACUAAAUAACGGGGAGUCCCAGAGCAACUUUUUUUUUUCUAUUAGGCCCUCCCCCUGCCUAUCUUUAAAGUUUUUCAGUGAUAAUGGCUUUAUUUUACAAGAAAACGAAACUGAGGACCAGGAAGUUGGAUCAAAGGAUGGAAUCGUAGAUGCCUGGUAUGAAGCAAUUAAUUAAAAAUUGGGGCGGUUGGGAAGGGGUUUUAUUUGGGAGUAGUUUGUAUGUUUUAUUUUGCUUAAUCUUACUUUUUCUCUUAGCAUUUUCAAUAAAACACUUCAAAACAAGGA